GCGAUCUCAAGCGCUCGUUGUUCCAGUUGAAGAAGCCAAGUCCAAAGAAUCUGCCACCAUAUCCAUGGGCGAACCACGGGCUCGAUCAUCAGUCCACGUCGUCUAUGGACACCAAGUAUUCCAAGGAAUCCGUCGAAUCCUCCUGGGACGGACACUCAAAAGAGGCCUCUUCAUCGUCGUUAUCGGACAGCCAUUCGAUCAAGGAGAAAGACUUCGCCACGACUUUCGUUCGAACCGAGUUGGAGCCAAUCGAGGAGCCUUUCGACUGGGACCCCACCACCGAGGGCAAGAUCCGCGGCGGCAGCUUCCACACGGCUCGCUCGACUCUCAGUGCUGACGUGGACCCUAGGAACCGUCUCUCCGGCUCUUUUCAUUCAUUCGAUGACGAUGUCGUCUUCGACGAGGACGGCGACGAGGUCCCGCAAGUUCCUGCACUUUGGGCCGAGGUCGACCCGCAGAUCCCCACCGGUAUCGCGAACCCGUCCAUGGUCACACUCCCGACUGGAGUUGGCCCCACCACGCAUCCGUGGGUCGAAGCGCCUCCGUUCAAUGUCUUAGACCGCCCGAAACCCGUGAUUCACAAGUUUCGAGCGACCUUCAAGAUCACGAUAUCGUUGGCUGUUGUCAUCUCUUUGGUCGUCGGGUACGCAGUCAAGUUGAAGAUCGUCACGGUCGGUUUCUGGUCCUUCGGAAUGUAUGGUUUGCUUCUUUGCAUCGAUUUCGCCGUUCAGGCAUCGGUCGCUUCCAUUAAUCGUCGUCGGGUGAACAAGAUCUCGAAGACUUCCGAUGUCGUCGCAGAAGUCGAAAAGCUCAAGGCGCUCAAGGCUGCCGGUGAAGAUAUCACGGAGCAGGUGGCUAGAAUGCGACAGGUUUCUAUCGCGGUGGUUGGGUACAGAGAGGACGAGGAGGCUUGGAUCAAGUGUCUGCAAAGUCUCCAGGCUCAGGAUUAUCCCAUCAAACACAUCAUCGGUGUCGUGGACGGAAACGACGGUCCCGACUUGGACAUGGCGACUGCAUUCGGCAAAGCCUUCCCCGAAAACGAACGUCUUAUCGUCCAUCUCCCCGUCCUCCUUUCCGUCAUGUACACCGAGAAGUAUUGGGAGACGAUCAAGGAGAUGGGCUGUCAUACGCCCACGCGCUGGGAGUUCUUCAAGAUGUGGUUCACCCAGGCGCCGCGCGAGGGACAGGAGGAGGCUCACAUCAUCGCUUGGAAUCACAUCCUCGCGUACGUUCACGAAGCCGCGACCGCGGGCGGAUGGGCCAACUGGAAGGGGAUCUGUUUUUCGCAGCCGCACGGACACAAACGCCACGCCAUGUUCACUUCCUUCGUCGUCGGCGCUUAUGCACUCGGUACCAAGGACGCGAUGCUUACUACGGACAGCGACACAUACGUUCACCCCGAUGCGGUCACCCAUCUCCUCGCCCUUCUCAUGAGCGACGUCAGGAUGGCCGGCGUCACCGGCGAUGUCCGUAUCUGGAACAAAGAUGAUUCUUUCUUGGCCCUCAUGUCGUCACUGCGGUACUGGUUUGCGUUCAACGUCGAGCGAGCUUGCCAGAGCGGUUUCCGUUGCGUCGGGUGUUUGUCUGGUCCCCUUGGCCUCUACAAGACGAGCGACCUCAUCAGCGUUCUGGGCCCGUGGAUUCUACAAUCAUUCCUCGGCAAGGAGACCACCUUCGGCGACGAUCGUCAUCUCACCAACCGCAUCCUAUCUCUCGGCCAUUGGACCGGCUAUUCGCAUCUCGCCAAGUGCGAGAGCGAUACGCCCGCUGGUUUCGUACGCUGGGUCAAACAACAGACACGCUGGUCCAAGAGCUUCUUUCGUGAGGCGUUUUGGUUCCCGAAGAGUUUCGCGUAUGCCCAGUUCUGGCUCACCGUCGAGACGACCAAGCAGUUCAUGUAUCCCGUCAUCCUGUCUGCUACCGUCUUGAAGCUGGUUUACCUCCCGAGGGACUGGAUCUACCCCCUCCUCUGGUUGGGGACCAUGUUCGGUGUCGCCCUCAUCAAGAGCACUUACGGCGUAAUCUGUAUGCGCGAUCCGACGUACUUCUUGUUCAGCAUUUACGGGUUCAUGUACUUCUUCGGUCUUUUGCCGUCGAAAAUUUUCGCAGGCUUGACGGUGGGAAUCACGACAUGGGGUACAUCUGCACGAUCGAAAACCGAGGUCCAGCGUCCCGAGAGUUUCUAUUCGCGCACAACGCACAUCGGACAUUUGGUCCUUUGGUACACCGCCCUCGCCGUUGGCCUUGCGUACUUCCUUUCGUCGAUCUUCCAGAUCCCCGCAAUCUGGUGUCUAUCGUUGCUCUGUUUCCCUUCCAUCGUGCAUCUCUACCAGGACGUGAUCAUCGGCGAAUCCCGCUACGCCCUCUACCUGCUGAAGAAGUGGUACAAGAAACGCGUGGCCAAGGGUACCACCGCCGGCGCCAUCGACCUCGAAAAGGCACAGUCAGCAGGAAAAUCCCGCGCAGGCGGUACAGGUUUCAGAAUGCCGACUUUCGGAUGGAGGACCCCUGCUCCAGCUAUCUCCUUGACCUCCGCAUCAUCACUCCAGUUGCCUUCGUCGCAACAAUCGACGUCACGGUCUACGUCUCCCUCGUCUAUGACACGUUCGUCGUCGUCGGCGCAUGUUCAUAUUCCAUCUACGAUCAUCGAGGGUGAGGAGGACCCUGUCGACUCGGGACGCGGAGGCUCUAUCGCCCUUAGCAGCAUAGACGAACACGAUACCGUCGCUCCCACGGGCAUGAUCGCGUGGGUAGAGGAGUCGACGGCAACUGGCAAGAACGUUUCGAACAGUGGAAGAUCAACCGCAUCUGCAUCUUCCACCAACUCUCUCAAUCCACGCCGACCAUCCCUGUUCUCCAGCUCGAGCACGAAUACUAUCAUCUCGUCUUUAACAUAGUCGAUAUUCGUGAAGAAAAGCCCGUUCGCUGCGGGAUUGGCUCGAGAGGACGGGAUAUUUGUGUAUGUGUUCGAGGCGAUAGUGAUGAAAUCUUUCAUGAAUUAUCAUUAAUAAUGUAAUAUAUCAUGUAUGACCCUUUCCUUGCCCGUCGUCAUCAACGCAUAUGUAUCAUCCAUGUAUCAUAAAUCACAC